AGUAGAUGGCGGCCUGAGCACCAGGUGUUGUGUUCAAUGAAGGGAACCGAAAGGUGAAGGGAACACCACUGGUGUCAAGUGAGUUUCAGCUGGACGAUGAAACGACGCGUUCUCAAGGAUUUAGACUGAAGAGAUACAAUUAAUACGGAGAACUGUAUGUAGAGUGAUGGACAAACUCCGAGCGGUUCUGAGUGGUCGUGAUGGAAACAGUGACAACAGAAAUAUCUUACAGGCGGCGAACGAGGCGUCCACGCUUGGAUGGGGAACGCGUGUGAAAGGUUUCCUCGUCUGUAUGGUCAUCGGAGUGGUGUUCACUAUCCUGGGAGUAUGUUGCCUGUUUAUUCCUAAAAUAGGGGUGAUUCUCUUCAUUGUGUUUUACACAUUUGGCAACAUAUGUUCAUUAGUAAGCACCAUGUUUCUGAUGGGUCCAGUGAAACAGCUGAAGCGGAUGUGUGACAAAACCAGAGCCUUCGCUACUGUUGUUAUGCUAACAUGUCUGGUUCUCACACUCUGUGCAGCAUUUUGGUGGAAGAUCUUUGCACUCACUUUGCUGUUUGUCAUUCUGCAAGUGUUUGCAUUUGCCUGGUAUAGCUUGUCAUACAUUCCUUUCGCAAGAGAUGCCAUCCUGAAGUUUUUCUCCAUGCUGUGCACCAUGUGUGUGAAAUGAACCCCACCAACUUUCUGCUGAAGCAUUUGGUGAAUUUUAGGAAAUGAUCAUUGACAGAAUGGCGCAAUAGGACAUUUUGUUAAAUGUGAACAUAAAAAAGGCUGCAUUCCACUGAAUGUGUUUUAUUUUAAAUGUUGUUUACAGAAAAGGUUAUUAAACAGACCAGCAUUAAAAUUGAUAUUUAUAAAAUGAAACAUUUUGGGGAUGGUUUUUGAAAGUUGGACUUUCAGAUUUCUCUACCUUUUGUCUUAAUAUUGUAUGUUAAAACCCUGUAAAUAAAGACUAGUUUUAUCAGCUCA